UGAUACAGGUGAUGUAAGUUAGAAGAGUUGAGGCAUUUUGCUACAAACCAACAUGGCACUUUUGCGUCACAGUCGAAGGUCAGACUUACUCUUGCUCCUGAUUGGGCUGGAGGCUGUACGCCCCGCCCACCUCCUCCCCAUGUGGCCUCUUGCAGUGACGGCUCUGGCCUUCUGCUGCUGAGAGACCUCCUCCUGCCUUUCGCUCAAACCAGCCCCAGCCAAUCAAAGAUUUGUCCUUUUCACGUUACAUUCACCGGCGAGUCCUCUGUGACAAUCCAACAUGUCGGCUACGCCUGUGUUCCCCAUGUGUGUGCGAGCGAGUCGGGGCCUCCUCCGGCUCAGGAGUGGGGCCUCUUCCCUGUCUGUGGGGGACAUUGUUCGGACUCUCUCCACCGACAAGCCGCCGGCAGGAACGAGCAGUGCGACGGGUGGACUAGCUCAGGCUAUCCUUCAGCAGAGACUCCAGCAGCAGAAGAGUCAGGGACAGCCUCCUCCUGAAGAUGGGGAGGGUGAGAAGAAGGGCGAGCACACAGAGGACAAGAAGCAGAAGGAGAACACUGCCUAUGCUAAGAAGAUGGUGCUUCGGCUGGCAGGACUUAUGGGAGUUGGCGGGGCGGUCGGCAUGGUCUACCUAUUCGGCACCAAUUCAGUGGACGAGCAAGGAAACAUGAUUCCAGAUGAGUUUGACAGAGAGCCUCCGGUUGUUCAACAGUUGAAAAGAACCUUCAAGUACUUCCAGGACUAUAGACAGAUGAUCAUCGAGCCGACGAGCCCAAAGCUGCUGCCGGACCCUCUCAAGGAGCCGUACUACCAGCCUCCCUACACACUGGUGCUGGAGCUCACCGACGUCCUGCUGCACCCGGAGUGGUCGUUGUCGACGGGUUGGCGGUUUAAGAAGCGUCCGGGCAUCGACUACCUUUUCCAGCAGCUUGCACCACUCUACGAGAUCGUCAUCUUCACUGCAGAGACUGGCAUGACGGCGUACCCUCUGAUCGACAGCAUUGAUCCACAGGGUUUUGUUAUGUAUCGUCUCUUCAGAGAUGCAACCCACUAUAUGGAGGGCCAUCAUGUCAAGGACGUGUCUUGUCUGAACCGGGACACCAGCAAGGUGAUCGUGGUGGACUGUAAGAGGGAGGCGUUCAGCUUGCAGCCCUUCAACGGCAUGGCGCUGAAGAAGUGGGACGGCAACUCGGAGGAUCGGGCGCUCUAUGACCUCGCCAACUUCCUCAAGACUAUCGCUUUGAGUGGAGUGGACGACGUGCGUUCAGUGUUGGAGAACUACGCUUUGGAGGAGGACCCCAUCGAGGCCUUCAAACGCAGACAGGCUCAGUUGGCACUGGAGGAGGAGCAGCGUCUGGCCGAGCUCUCCCAGCAGAAGAAACAGGGACUCUCUCUCGGCUCCAUCGCAUCGCGGUUCUGGCGCUCUAAGCAGCAGUGAGCCCCAUCCCCCUCUCACACUUCCACCAAUUGCAGCCCAGCUCGCCGUCCGGGUUGAGGUGAGGGGCCAGAAGAUAAAGGGGGAGGGGAGAGGGGAACCGAACGGUCCGUAUAACCGAUCACGUCUCAUUCUGCGGUGUUUGAACAUUGGCCGUCCUCUGCACCAAUGAGAGAGGCACUUCCUGUUCCUACGGAGGCUGGGCGUUGGCGGCCCCCUCCCUUUGGUCAUCUUGAUGUGAAGUGAUGCAUAUCAAGCUGCUGAUUGGUUAAAAGAGGAAGAGAAGAGGAUCCAGGUCAGGAUAAACUCUUGUUGGAGCUUCUGAAGUUGACAUUAGCGCUGCUAUCACCACUCCAGCUCUGGUUAGCCCCUCCGCCCACAGGAUCUGACCUGAGAUCAGCAGAGCUCUGCACCAUACCAAUUCAUCAGAUUUGUGUAUUUUAUUUUAUUUUCUAUUCCUCUGUGUGUGUCAGAUUGUGCUGACAAGCUGCAAAUGUUAAAAUAAUGAAUAUUGUUUAUAAGAAAUAAAGAUAAACAGUAAAUAGUUCUUUAAAGUUUAUUCAAUAAUUGUAUUCAAUAUGUAAGACUGGUGGUGGCAUGGACAGGAAAUCAACGGAGGUGCAUUCAUUCCUUCUAUAAAAAGAACAUCAAUCUGGUCUGAAUUCCUGUCUGUGGCUCUCGGCUCCAAGCUCUCAAGACACCAUUGGUCCCCACAAGUGACACAGAUAUAAAGUUUCACGAGUAAUUAACAGCUGGUAAUUAUUUUAUAAUUAAACAAACAGGAGGAAAAGGUGUGUUUGUCAAAGGCAAAUCAAUCCACAUGUGGUACUCUGUAUUUGUGGCAGCAGAAUGGUGUGUGUGGGAUUGAGUCUCAAUAAACUAAUUGUGUUAAUGUGUGUGUUCAUCUUUAAGCAACAUUUAGGACCUUGUCAGCUCAUUUAGAAAGCCUCUAUAAACAUUCAGUAUCUCUUAUCCCUAAUGGCCGAGGUGGCCUGUGCAGGUGGAUCCCUCCCUUCCCCCUCGAGGAGAGGGGCAGCGUUCCGCUGCUGCUUCACAUGUGAAUGUGCUUGGUUAAAGGGUGUGUCGAUGUCAGCUCCUCAAUAAAGGAAACCAAUAACGCUCAUUUAAUGCCUUUGAACACAGUGUACGAAACACUGUGCCACACAUUUUUUUACACUUUGUUAAGAUAUUUUUGUUUUAACAGAUUGACUCCCAGUUAAACCAUUUUAUUUGUUUCUUGCUGAAAAGUUUUCCUUCACUAUUUACAACCUGUUCUCCCAUUAAAAAACAAAUUUCCAUUUGUUCGGGGUUACUUUGAAAUAAAGUUUCUCUCAAGCCGUCCGGUUCUGAAUAAGACACUCAAAUAAGCUCAAUAAAACAAUGUACUUCUCUAUUUUGAGAGUAAUUGACUUGACCUUAGAUUUCAAAUGCUUACCUUGUUAUACGUCACAGGGAGAGUUUAAGCUUUCAAAUUUCUUGUGUGCAGAGUUUACUUCUCUAAACUACCGAUGCAUUAGAGCCCGUUGGCAAGGAGGUUUGAAGGGACCACUUUGUUUUAUUCUGUAUGUUUUAAUCCGAAUGAACCGUAAAAGCAAAAAGCAAGGAACCCUGCGGUGCCUCGAAACCUCUGCAUCUGUCCCGCUGUCCCCUCUCUGCUGGAGUCCGGCUUCACAAGCCUCCAUCUGUGAAGGUGUCGCCACAGUUUGCACCUCUGAGCUCCGCCUCCAUCAGCCGCUCUGCUUCUGCACCAAGCAUGACUUAAGUUUGCCAAACAAAUAUGAAAA